UGCACCCCAGCUGGGACCUACUCGAGUGCCCCCACGGGCUCGGACACCAACUCUCACCAUGGGCAGCAAGGAGCGGUUCCACUGGCAGAGCCACAACGUGAAGCAGAGCGGCGUGGACGACAUGGUGCUGCUGCCCCAGAUCACUGAGGACGGCAUCGUGAGCAACCUGCGCAAGCGCUUCAUGGACGACUACAUCUUCACCUAUAUCGGCUCUGUACUCAUCUCUGUGAACCCCUUCAAGCAGAUGCCCUACUUCACGGACCGAGAGAUCGACCUCUACCAGGGCGCGGCCCAGUACGAGAACCCACCGCACAUCUAUGCCCUCACGGACAACAUGUACCGGAACAUGCUCAUAGACUGCGAGAACCAAUGUGUCAUCAUCAGCGGCGAGAGCGGAGCUGGAAAGACGGUGGCCGCCAAGUACAUCAUGGGCUACAUCUCCAAGGUGUCCGGCGGGGGCGAGAAGGUCCAGCACGUCAAGGACAUCAUCCUGCAGUCCAACCCGCUGCUGGAGGCCUUCGGCAACGCCAAGACCGUGCGCAACAACAACUCCAGUCGCUUCGGCAAGUACUUUGAGAUCCAGUUCAGCAGAGGCGGGGAGCCGGAUGGGGGCAAGAUCUCCAACUUCCUGCUGGAGAAGUCCCGCGUGGUCUCGCAGAAUGAAAACGAAAGGAACUUCCACAUCUACUACCAGGUAUGGUUCCUGGCCUUUCCUGCCUACCUGCUGGGCAUUGACAGUGGGCGGCUGCAGGAGAAGCUGACCAGCCGCAAGAUGGACAGCCGCUGGGGUGGGCGCAGUGAGUCCAUCGACGUGACCCUCAACGUAGAGCAGGCUGCCUACACCCGCGACGCCCUGGCCAAGGGGCUGUACUCCCGUCUCUUUGACUUCCUCGUGGAGGCCAUCAACCGAGCCAUGCAGAAGCCACAGGAGGAGUACAGCAUCGGCGUACUGGACAUCUACGGCUUUGAGAUCUUCCAGAAAAAUGGCUUCGAGCAGUUCUGCAUUAACUUCGUCAACGAGAAGCUGCAGCAGAUCUUCAUCGAACUCACGCUGAAGGCCGAGCAGGAGGAGUAUGUUCAGGAGGGCAUCCGCUGGACCCCCAUUCAGUACUUCAACAACAAAGUUGUCUGCGACCUUAUCGAGAAUAAACUGAGCCCGCCGGGCAUCAUGAGCGUCCUGGAUGAUGUGUGCGCCACCAUGCAUGCCACAGGAGGCGGAGCAGACCAGACGCUGCUGCAGAAGCUGCAGGCGGCCGUGGGCACCCACGAGCACUUCAACAGCUGGAACUCCGGCUUCGUCAUCCACCACUAUGCCGGCAAGGUCUCCUACGACGUCAGCGGCUUCUGUGAGAGGAACCGGGAUGUUCUCUUCUCCGACCUUAUAGAGCUGAUGCAGACCAGUGAGCAUGUCUUCCUUCAGAUGCUCUUUCCCGAGAAGCUGGACGGAGACAAGAAGGGCCGCCCCAGCACCGCGGGCUCCAAGAUCAAGAAACAAGCCAAUGAUCUGGUGGCCACGCUGAAGAGGUGCACGCCCCACUACAUCCGCUGCAUCAAGCCCAACGAGACCAAGAGACCCCGAGACUGGGAGGAGAGCAGGGUGAAGCACCAGGUGGAGUACCUGGGCCUGAAGGAGAACAUCAGGGUGCGCAGGGCGGGCUUUGCUUACCGCCGCCAGUUCUCCAAGUUCCUGCAGAGGUACGCCAUUCUGACUCCCGAGACGUGGCCCCGGUGGCGCGGGGACGAGCGCCAGGGCGUGCAGCACCUGCUGCAGGCGGUGAACAUGGAUCGAGACCAGUACCAGAUGGGCAGCACCAAGGUCUUCGUCAAGAACCCCGAGUCGCUUUUCCUCCUGGAGGAGAUGCGGGAACGCAAGUUCGACGGCUUUGCCCGCACCAUCCAGAAGGCCUGGCGGCGUCACGUGGCAGUCCGGAAGUACGAGGAGAUGCGGCAGGAAGCCUCCAACAUCCUGCUCAACAAGAAGGAGCGGCGGCGGAACAGCAUCAACCGCAACUUCGUCGGGGACUACCUGGGGCUGGAGGAGCGGCCCGAGCUGCGGCAGUUCCUGGGCAAGCGCGAGCGGGUGGACUUUGCCGACUCGGUCACCAAAUACGACCGGCGCUUCAAGCCCAUCAAGCGGGACCUGAUCCUGACCCCCAAGUGUGUGUAUGUGAUCGGGAGGGAGAAGGCGAAGAAAGGGCCGGAGAAGGGCCAGGUGCGGGAGAUCCUGAAGAAGAAGCUCGAGCUCCCAGCCCUGCGGGGAGUCUCCCUCAGCACCCGGCAGGACGACUUCUUCAUCCUUCAGGAGGAUGUGGCCGACAGCUUCCUGGAGAGCAUCUUCAAGACCGAGUUCGUCAGCCUCUUGUGCAAACGCUUCCAGGAGGCAGCAGGGCGGCCCCUGCCCCUCACCUUCAGCGACACACUACAGUUCCGGGUGAAGAAGGAGGGUUGGGGCGGGGGCGGGACCCGCAGCGUCACCUUCUCCCGUGGCGUGGGUGAUGAGGCUGUACUCAAGGCCAGCAGCCGGGCUCUCACUGUCAGCGUGGGCGACGGACUGCCCAAGAACUCCAAGCCAACGCGGAAGGGACAAGCCCAAGGAAAACCCAGAAGGGCAGCUCCAGCCCCUGCCCGGGCAGCCCCGGGGCCCUCCAGAGGCAUGAGUCCCAAUGGGGUGCCACCCUCUGCCAGAAGGGGCCCCAACCCCCUGGAGCUCACAGCUAUGCGGGGCUCCCAGCGGCCUCCCCAAGGCCCUCCAGCUUCCACACUGGGGGCCAACAGACGCCCCCGGGCCCAGACUCCCUCAGAGCACAACACAGAAUUCCUCAACGUACCUGACCAGGGUGUGGCCGGCAUGCAGAGAAAACGCAGUGUGGGGCAGCGACCGGUGCCGGGCGUGGGCCGGCCCAAGCCCCAACCUCGGACCCACGGUCCACGGUGCCGUGCACUGUACCAGUACAUCGGCCAAGACGUGGAUGAACUGAGUUUCAACGUCAACGAGGUCAUCGAGAUCCUGUUGGAAGACCCCUCAGGCUGGUGGAAGGGCCGGCUGCAUGGCCAGGAGGGCCUCUUCCCUGGAAACUACGUGGAGAAGAUCUGAGCUGGGGCCCGCGACUCUACCUGAACCCCUGACUUCUGGCCAGAGCCGGCCCAGUGAUGGUAGCCCUAUGGGGGUUGGCCUGAAACCAGCCAUGCAACCCUGGGUCUACGGGCCGCUCAGCCCUGCCCGCACUGCAAGCCUACCCCGGGGCCUGGCCUCCCCACUUUCCACCCGCUGCCUGGGCCUCUGCUUCUGCCUGCGUCCAAAGGGGUGGACAGAGGAACCAAGCUCCCAGCUGCCUCGUGAUCACUGAGCGAUCCGGGUCCCAUCAGCGAAGGGUAACCACAGUCGGGACCUUGACGUGCUCGGCCCCGUCUCUCCACCCAUCAGGGUGGCAAGAAGUUAUUUGCCCCAUGAAAGCCAGAUAAAAAAAUUGAUCAAUAAACAUCUUUAAGUAUUUGAA